AUGACGGCAUGGCUGGCCUUGCACUUCCCGCAGACAAUCGACAGUACCACGAAGAAGAUGCUCAUUCCGCUCCCUAAAGAAGCUAUUCUCGUUUUUUUGGGGUAUAUCUGUAGUCCUACUCACGUGUGUGACCGCGAUAACGUGAGUGCACAAGAUGCAUCAAGUCCUCCCUAUUCGGCGUCGUGUAUUUGGGGCUAUCGCAGUGCUCUUGUGGACGUCUAUCGCGCACAGCUUAUUGAGUUGUUCCCCCUAAUUGACACAGAGCUUCACCGGGUUCUCGAGGGCCACGAGAAGCUUUUCCUCGGAAGUGACUCAAAGGAUCGCUUUGGCCGCUUGCUACGUCGUGUAAUCAAGUCUUGGAGCGAGGAAGAAGUGUGUAUACUGGGCUGUAUACCGGAGGACAUCGGCACCCACAGUCUGCGCAAAGGCAGUAGCUCGUAUGCGCUUGGGCAAUCAAGUGGGCCAACCCCCGUCUCGGUCUACUUGCGUAUGGGCUAA